AUGGCUUCCGAGAGUCCUGAAGACACAACUAGUGCUUGGGAAGGGAACGAGGGAUAUGGAGGUGCUGAAUAUCAUCAAGCUUCACAUACUGAACAACAUAGCCUUCAUCAACCAGUGCAAGAACGUUCUACUUCCAUUGACCCAGCUUUCAAUGCACCUGGUGAAUCUCCUUCUCCGUCUGACGUUGAUGAGGAUGGCGACGAGUAUGACCCAGAGUCCAUCACUAUCACUACAACCGCACCAGCGCCUGUCGCACCUUCUGCCUCUAAGAAGCGUAAGAAGGCUGGGGGAUUCAUAGUUGGCUCCUCAGACGACGAAGAUGACACCCCUCCCGCAGCACCAAGCAACACCCUCAAGCCAAAUACAGAUGAUGUACCGUCUCAUACCUUCAGUCAUUCCCCUCUUCAGCAAUCUAAUACCAUGAACGAUGCCGCUCAAGUGAGAAAUGGACAUGGUGUGUCCGCUGUUCCUGCUCCUCAGAAUCAAGGCACAGUCCCAUCAAAGUCACGAUUGCCUGCAGAUGUCAUCGGUAUUCUCGAGGACCGGGUCAACAACGACCCGCGGGGAGACAUGGAUGCUUGGCUAUCUCUCAUCGAGGAGCACCGAAGGCGCAACAUGAUCCUCGAAACCAGAGCCGUAUACGAGCGCUUCUUGAAGGUGUUUCCCCAAUCGGCCGAAAUCUGGGUUCAGUACCUCGACAUGGAACUCAGUCUCGACAAUUUCUCAGAAGCCGAACGAAUAUUUCAACGAACACUGAUGUCGGUGUCCCAUGUCCAACUAUGGACUGCAUAUCUCAACUACAUCCGUCGACGCAACGACUUGAACGACCCUAGCGGCCAAUCACGCCAAGUCGUUAGCCAAUCUUAUGAAUUCGUCCUUGACAACAUUGGCCAGGACCGGGAUUCUGGACACAUCUGGCAAGACUACAUCCAGUUUAUCAGAAGUGGUCCUGGUCAGAUCGGAGGAAACAGCUGGCAAGACAUGCAGAAGAUGGAUGUACUUCGGAAGGCUUAUCAGCGCGCCAUCUGCAUACCCAUGGCAAACUUGAACACGCUGUGGAAAGAGUAUGAUCAGUUCGAGCUUGGCCUCAACAAGGUCGCUGGCCGCAAAUUUCUCCAGGAGAGGUCUCCUUCGUACAUGUCAGCAAGAGGUGCAAAUACCCAUCUUGACAACAUCAUACGAGGUCUGCAGAAAACUACACUGCCCCGCCUACCGCCCGCAUCUGGCUUUGACGGCGAGCGAGAUUACCUGGAGCAAGUUGAGCUUUGGAAGAAGUGGAUCGCCUGGGAGAAGGAUGACCCUCUAGUUUUGAAAAACGACGAACCUGAUACAUACCGCUCACGAAUUCUACACGUAUACAAACAGGCCCUGAUGGCUGUGCGCUUCUGGCCGGAGAUGUGGGUCGAUGCUGCCGAGUGGUGUUUCGAAAACAACAUUGUUAGCAAAGAUGGCAAGGAUGCGGGACUCGAGUUUCUUGUCGAAGGAGUAGCUGCCAACCCGGAAAGCUCCCUCCUCGCACUGAAGCACGCCGACCGGAUUGAGUCGACCCAUCCGACAGGUGAAGGGGAAGAUGGCAAGGAAGCUCUUGGCCUAGCAGUUCGAGCUCCUUACGACAAGGUGCUUGACACCCUUUAUGAUAUGGUCAAGAAAUUGAAAGAUAACGAGGUGGCUGUCAUUGCUAAGAUUGAGAAUGAUCCAAGCUUGGCGAUAACAAACGAUGCUGAAUAUGAUGAAGACGAAGGCGAGGUCCUGGACAGGACCUCAAAGGAAACCAUCAAAAAGGAUCGGAUCAAGACAGUGCAGGACGGUUUUGCGGUGCAGAUCCAGAUGCUGUCACAGCAGAUCUCAUACCUCUGGAUUGCUCUGGUGCGUGCAUUCAGACGUAUCCAAGGGCAAGGAAAGACCUCAGGCGGUGUUCGAGCGAUUUUUAUGGAAGCCCGGAAGCGCGGUCGUCUUACUAGCGAUGUUUACGUCGCUAUUGCUCAUAUUGAAGGGGACAUAUAUCAAGACCCCGUUGCCACAAAGAUCUUUGAGCGCGGGGCCAAAUUGUUCCCCGAGGACGAACAUUUCAUGGUUGCUUAUCUCAAGCAUCUGCACUCUAAACACGAUACCACGAAUGCCCGGGUGGUGUUUUCACAGACCGUCAAGCGGUUCAAGGAGAAGCCUGAGCUGGCACCCAAGUUGAAGCCUCUGUACGCCUACUUCCACGGUUACGAAGCAAAGAAUGGGGAGCUUGCUCAGAUCAAGGACUUGGAGAAACAGAUGGCAGAAGCAUUCCCCGAAGAUCCGGCCCUCGCGCACUUCUCUGCUCGAUUCUCUUCGGACAGGUUCAACCCAAUUGCUACUCGAGUUAUCAUUUCGCCGGCUACUCAGAUGCAAUCCAAGAACAUCAUGCAGUCGAUAGAACAGCAGCAACAACAACGCGCUGUCACAACUUCCAUUCGUGGCAGCCCCCACCCCUCUGCUCUCGCAAGCCCAAAGCCGCAGUUUAUGCAGCCGCAAGGCGUCAACUCCCCCAAGCGACCUUUCAUCGACGAACCUGACGACUACUCGAACCCACCCCGAAAGAUGGCUCGAGGAGUUUCGCCGCUCAAGGGCGCUGCCGGUCGACGCCUGGAUCAGCAACGACGAGCUGGCGCGGCGCCGACAGCUCCGAUCUCUCGAGACAUCACUUUCCUAUUGGGUCUGAUACCCCCGGCUCAUCAGUACGAUGGAAGCGCGCCUCGGUAUCGAGCGGAUGCCAUAACGAGGCUUAUCCGCGAUACACAUGUGCCGGAUUUCAAGGAGUGGCAGGGUCACCAGACACAGGGUCACCAGACACAGGGCCUUCGUACCGAUUGGCGACAACAACAGCAACAGCCACAGCCGGCAGCCUCGUGGCCCAAUCAAUGGGAUAACCAGCAGGGAUGGAGGAACGAUUGGCCGAAUAUGUGA